AGGUGGAGAUGAUCCUUGAAACAAUGGAGAAAUCUGAGGUAAAAGCGAGAGUGUUUGUGUGUGUGAGGUAGAGAGAGGGCUCGUCAGGCUGCAACAAAAGCAAGUGUCUGACAGCACAGAGAGAGGGAGGGAGAGCGGGCUGAGAGGAAACCUUGUCGGCAUUAAGCAGUUCGCAGAUCACUGGAUGCUGACAAACACACAGCAGCUUAUGGGAAGACGGAGGCACAAUUUUGAAGCAGAGCAGAGAGAGAGAGCGCAGAGGAGCAGAUUUCCUGUCCACGCUCAUCGUCACGGCGACCGGGACGGGAGGACGGUGGCAUCUCUGCAGCUCUACACAGACGGUUUUCAUGAUUCAGGCUACAGAAAGUGGGAACUCACUGCACCCCGCUGGGAAGCUUCAAAAGGAACCUUGUGAUUUUUCCACUGCUGUGGCAGCGAGAGUCAACGCAUCAACAUGAGUGCCAAAUUAACACAAACCUUUGAGUUCACACUCAAUGUGAUUUGACCUUUCGUAGCGUGUCCUUUCCAUCAACAGAUGGACACCUGUAUAGUACGGUAUACUGUGUGUCCAAGUGGUCUUACCUUGCUUCUGAUCAGACCUCUGCACUUCUUCUGCACAACUGGAACAUAUGGGCAAUAAAAUGAUAAUGCAUGAAAGAGAAUGUAAUGCUACAUGAUUGCACACUAACAAUCCUGUGAAUCAGUGUGUCUAGUAGUUAGCCUGGAAAGCAUUGGCUGCAUACCCUGCUGGAAAGGAAAGAUAAAUGUUUUGUCGAUACUCCCACUAGAAUUCACUUUUGAGAAAAUAGACCCAAAAGGAUCAAUGAUGUAUGGACCACGAGAAGAAUAAUUUAUAUUUUCUUUCUUGGGUAUAGCAACAAAAACAAUAAAUAACCCGUCCUUGUUAUAAGCGCUCCUCGAUAUCUGACAUCUAAACAUGGUAAGAUUGCUCUUCAAAGGUUGCUAAAACAGAAUUGUUGAAUAAAUAUUUAUAUAUUACUAUUGUUGUCUAGGCAAAUGUAUGGAAUCAGGUGGCAUAUUAAAAACUGUUGUAGGGCCUUUUUUUAAUCAAUCUGCAGAGUUUUAAAUUCCAAGAACCCCAAAUUUGGCUUCACUUCUAGCUGUAUAGUUUCUAUUGUAAAACUGGAUCCAACUUACAGUGACCAUACCCAGAAAAGGUAAUGAUGGAUUUCAAUGGGAGCCAGGAAUAUGGGUCCUAUCCAACUGGGCUGCCGUAUAACACAAGCAUUGACUAUGAGGACUACUAUCAGGACCCAGACGCCAGUAAAAUCAUCAUUCCAUCCAUUUAUGCGCUUGUCUGCUGUGUAGGUCUAACUGGCAAUGCCAUGGUCAUCUAUGUCAUUCUUAAAUAUGCCAAAAUGAAAACAGCCACCAACAUUUACAUCCUGAACUUAGCGAUUGCUGAUGAGUUGUUCAUGUUAAGUGUUCCUUUUCUGGCCACCUCAGCUGCCAUCCGUCAUUGGCCCUUCGGGUCGCUGAUGUGUCGGCUGGUGCUGAGUGUAGAUGGUAUCAACAUGUUUACAUCAAUCUUCUGCCUGACUGUGUUGAGUGUUGACCGAUACGUAGCAGUUGUACACCCUAUCAAGGCUGCCCGCUACCGCAGACCGACAGUGGCCAAAGUAGUCAAUGUGUGUGUAUGGGGGCUGUCACUCAUAGUCAUCCUGCCCAUCAUCAUCUUCGCAGACACUGUCCCUGCGCAGGACGGUGGUGUGGAUUGUAACUUCUUGUGGCCUGAAUCUGCAUGGUCAGAAGCCUUUGUGGUCUAUACCUUUCUGUUGGGGUUUCUUCUGCCGGUGGGAGCCAUAUGCUUAUGCUACUGUUUAAUGGUGGCCAGGAUGCGAGCAGUGGGGCUGAAAGCAGGCUGGCUUCAACGGCGACGCUCGGAGAAGAAGAUAACCCGCAUGGUGCUGCUAGUGGUUGCAGUGUUUGUUCUCUGUUGGAUGCCCUUCUAUAUCGUUCAGCUUGUCACCGUUUUCCACCGGCCCCCAGACCCAAUGGUCACUCAGCUUUUUGUCAUCCUCAGCUACGCCAACAGCGGCGCCAAUCCUAUUCUGUACGGCUUUGUGUCUGACAAUUUCCGGCGUUCGUUUCAGCGCAUUGUGUGUUUCCGUUGGGUGGAGUCUGGACUGGAUGCGGAACAGGUGGAUUACUGUGCUGUAGCUUUAAAGAGACAAGAACCUUGUAGCCCUCUGGAUUUUCCCAAGGACUGUUUGGCUUCUGAUAUGUUAUUUCGCAAUGGGACAUGUACCUCUCGUACAACCACUGUGUAGCCAGAACCAGGGUUUAAAAAAGUAAUGACACCUUAACAAGUAUUUUUCCAUCUUUGGCUUAUGCCACAGAGAUGUAUAUGUAUGUUCUUAUUAAACUCCAUGUAAUAAUUUACUUUAGAAGCUGAGAAACUUUGAUGAGAAACUUAUGUAUCGAUCUGGCUUCAUGUAACAGAGAUUUUUGUUUUGUUUUUGACGUUAAGCACAAGUGAAUGUAGGCACAACAUUUUAAGGCUUUUUAACCAUUUUGAUUCUGUAACAUAACUUACUAGGCAUAAGAGGUUGCUUACCCCACUAACUAAUUACAAAUGGGAAAUUCCUCAUUCAUUCAUCGUAAUUGUUUAUUUACAGGUACACUCUAAUUAAUCACCCAAGAGCACCCCCACAAUCCUCAAAUCCAUUAACAAGGUAAUGUUUUUAUUCAGAAAUAUUUCCAAUUCAUUGCACUUUUGAGGAUUUUUAUUUCAAUCACACAUUAAAAAAAUUAAGCCUGCACUUUCAAAGCCCAAAUGCCAUUUUGAUCCUACAUUUAAACUUAUAAAAAGAUGUAUAGUUUACCAUCACAUUAUUUAGAUAUAUUAGUUUUCUACCAAUUAAAAUAAGAUGUUUAGAUGAUUAAGAAUGAUACUUCAUGUUGUAGUCUUCAGAAUUUGCAGUAUUUUGUGCCAAUUAAAUUAUAUUUCAAUUGAAGCUUUGAAUUUAAUGAACAAGGAGUCUUUUUUUAUUAAUCAGAUACGUGACACACUUUCUCAUCAAAUUGAAUGAGAAAAUAUCUCUAAACCUUUAAAUGGUACUGUAAAUCAUUCCCAAAGAAUGUAAUAAAUCCACAUUUUCAAUUUAAACGUGAUUAAUCAUGAGCUGGUUUCUCAAAUGUAUUAUGUUAAUACUAACGAUUCAGCUGUAGUUACAAUUUCUUGUGUUCUUUCCCCACAGUAUCCCACAGUAUAUAUUAUUUAAAAUAUUACCAUGACAAAAAUAAAUAUUUAUAUUAUAUCGUCUGCAAAUUAAAUGCUUUAUUGUCAGUUCAGGAUGCUACCAAUAUCAGUUCUGCCUGCUUGAAUUGAAUGUGUUAAUCAUUUACCUUCAUCAGAUUUAACUGAUAUCUUUCAAAUUCCACUACAUGUUCAAAUCCCUGUGUCAAACUUUAAAUAUAAUUGAUCUAUCGAACAUUUAAUUACUGCAGAUUUGUUAAACAUAAAGUUCCAUUUCAAAUUACUGACAUUUUUUUUAUUUCUGGUGAAAUACAACUGAGCUUAAUUUCAAACUGUGCUAGUGUAUUAGUUUUUCUGUUCAGUAAAACUUGAUAUGAUGUGUUGAAAAACAUGGACGGCGGUCCACUAGGUAGGCCCUGGGUAUCACAGAGAUAGUGAGGUCAGAUUAGUGUGUGUCACUCUGUGCAGGCUUUUUAAAUAAAUGAAUAAUUCCAUGUAUGUUUGUGAUUUUGCUGUAUCUAUAUUCGUUAGUUGUUUGUUGGUGAUUACGUUUUAACUUACAGUUUGUUUUUGCAGAUUGAGUUCUUCUACGUCAGUUACACAAUGUUUCAAAUAUUGCUAUAAAAUAUGUAUGUGUGGAGUUUAUGUUUCCAAUUACAAAGGCUAACAAACUUUCCUCAUGUGAUCUUUGUCAUUUGUCUUUGUAGUUUCCCCAAAUCUUCCAAAUCUUCACAUUCUUCCUGCCUUUCAAACUAAUUGCUACACUACAAAGAACGUGGGAUCAAAAACACUUGCAUACUUACUCAUAUGCUCAAUUAAUUAUCAAUGUUUCCAUCCAUGCGCUAACAUGGCACUUCUAAACUUGGAACUUGGAAGAUGUCAGAAUACAUAAGGGACU